UAGUCCGAACUUUGAACUUGUGAUAUUUUUGUGAUGAAUUCCUUUCAAAAACUGUCGAAUUUUUGCCGUUUUGUAGCCCGGAGAACUUGGAAAGCACCUCAGUUUACUAGGCAGAAUGUCCGCGCUGUUUCUUACUUGUCAGGUUUGCCAGAAACGCACGAGAUGCUUCGACAAACUUGUCGAUAUUUUGCAGACAAUGAGCUGGCACCUAUCGCUGGAAAGUUGGACAGAGAGUCACUCUAUCCAAGUGAACAGAUAAAAAAGCUGGGGGAACUCGGAAUGAUGGCAAUGACCGUCCCAGAGUCCCUCGGAGGCGCCGGGCUUGAUAAUCUUGGAUAUGCAAUCGCAAUGGAGGAAAUCAGUCGUGGAUGUGCGUCAACUGGUUGUAUCAUGAGUGUGAAUAAUUCGCUAUACCUCAAUCCAAUCAUGAAAUUUGGAACAGAUGAGCAGAAAGAGCGAUGGAUCAGGCCUUUUGUGACAGGAGAAAGGGUCGGAUGUUUCGCCCUCAGUGAACCAGAUAAUGGUAGUGAUGCUGGUGCUGCAAAAACAUUGGCAAAAGACCAAGGUGACCAUUGGUUGUUAAACGGUACAAAAAGUUGGAUUACCAAUGGAUAUGAGUCUGAAGCUGGAGUGGUGUUUGCAACAACUGACCGUUCUCAAAAGCAUAAAGGCAUCAGUUGUUUCAUAUUUCCAAAACCAGUCGAAGGACUUUCUUUGGGAGCAAAGGAAAAUAAACUUGGAAUAAAGGCAACAUCAACAUGCAACUUAAUCUUUGAAGAUUGUGCUCUUCCUAAAGAAAACUUGCUUGGCGAGUGUGGCAUGGGAUUCAAGAUUGCAAUGAUGACUUUGGAUUGCGGUAGAAUCGGAAUUGCUGCACAAGCCUUGGGCAUUGCACAAGCUGCGUUUGAAUGUGCGAUUGAAUAUGCACAGAAAAGAACAGCUUUCGGCAAGCCAAUUAGUAGCUUGCAGGCAAUACAGUUUAAGUUGGCUGAUAUGGAGGCAAAGAUACAAGGUUCAAGAUUACUAACGUGGCAAGCGGCUUGCAUGCUGGAUGCCAAUGAGAAUUACAUUAAGGAAGCAGCGAUGGCUAAGUUAUCAGCUUCGGAGACAGCCACAUUUGUGGCGCAUCAGUGCAUACAAAUUCUUGGUGGAAUGGGAUAUGUGAAUGACAUGCCGGCGGAAAGACAUUACCGAGAUGCACGGAUCACAGAGAUAUACGAAGGAACAAGUGAAGUACAAAGAUUGGUUAUAGCUGGACAAUUACUGAAAGAAUAUAGUCAAUAAAUGCAGGUGUAUUAUCAACCAGGUUUGUGAGAGGGAAAUGUGUUGCAGGGUCGGAUCUUUACCAUCACAAUGUAAUGCAUUAUGAAAAACUAUAAUUUGAUUCAUAUUAAUCACCAUUCUCAAGAGGUUACUGUAUAUAUUUUUACACAAUGAUAGACCCCAGCUCAAAUGAGCAAUAAAAUAAUUUAUUUGUUCUUCUAUUACAUUGUAUAUAUUUCUAUUUUACCAAUAAUAUCAAAUGAUUUGAUUUAUAGUAUUAAAAAAUGUCUUGAUUA